AUGGGUGAAAUCGGUUCUGAUAGUGCUGCAAUUAAGAGAAUAAAGAAGGAAUAUGCACUACUUGAAAAUGACAAGGGCGAUGAAAAGAAGAAGGAUUCAACAUCAAAGUAUAUCAAAAUAAUUCCUUUCGUUUCUGGGGACUUAUUUACAUGGGAGGCAUACCUAACAGCGCCUGAGGAAAGUGUCUACAAAGGAGGAGUUUUCAAACUUCUUAUAACGUUUUCAAAUGAAUAUCCUUUCAACCCUCCAAAGGUAACAUUCCAGACACCUAUAUAUCAUCCAAAUAUAAAUUCCUCUGGAAUGAUUUGUAUAGACAUCCUUGGGAAGGAAUGGUCUCCUGCACUUACCUUGAAUAGCGUUCUAUUAUCUCUCCUUACUCUUCUUGAUGAUCCAAAUGCUGACGAUCCUCUGAGACCCGAAGUUGCAGACAUAUAUAAAACAAACAAGGAGGAGUACAAGCUUAGAUGCCAAGAAUCUGCCAGGAAGGCCAUGGAGAACAAAAAAUAA